GUUUCGUCUGAGUCGUCUCUCUUCACUCGCCGGAGAGAGAGAAGAAAAAAAGACGACGGAGAAAUGGCGGAGGAGCAGAAGAAGAAGCUAUGUCGUUUCUGGAUUUGGGCUUUAUCUUCCGUUGCUUUCCGAUUGAUCUUGAUCUCCUUCCCGGGAAAUCUCAAUCUCUCUUCUCGUCCGGAGGUCUCUACCCCUCUCACCAGCAUUCGCCGCCUUGCUGAAGGUUAUUGGUUGAAGCAAGCAUCAAUGUCACCAUACGCAGGAUCUAUGUAUCAUGGCUCACCAUUGUUGCUCUCGGUUCUUGGACCUCUCACAGUUCAGAGGAUUAAAGGGCAACCAAGUCAUCUCUUUUCCAGCUUGGUUUUUGUUAUUGCAGAUAUAUUAAGUGCGAUGCUUCUUCGAGGUAUUGGUCAGAAACUUCAGAUGGCUUAUGGACUGAAUGCGAGGCUACUUGGCUUUCUUAAGUCAUCAAGGGAUAGAGUGAUCCUACCUUGUGGUGAUAUUGCUGCUCUUGUGUAUUUGUGGAAUCCUUUCACGAUAGUUUCUUGUGUGGGCUUAUCAACUUCUCCCAUCGAAAAUCUGGCUGUCAUACUGGCGCUUUUUGGAGCAGUUACCCGACGAGUUCCUCUGGCUGCAUUUGGCUUAGUCAUUGCCACCCAUUUAUCUCUUUAUCCUGCUACUCUGACAAUUCCAAUAAUCUUUCUAUUGGGAUAUGGUUUGGAUGCUCCUCCUAUUAAAUUGUUCCUUCAGACCAGAAGUGUAGAAAAUGAGGAGACUUCAACAUCUACUGUUUCUAAACAAGCCAAGUUGAAACAGACAACGCGCAUUCCUUUCUUAUGGAAAACAGUCGCUCAUUUCUUGUUCUGGGUACUUCUGUGGUCGCUCUAUGUGUUGGUCUUAUGUGCUUUAUCACUGAAUAAAUAUGGUGGGCUUGAGGAGAUGUUCAAGAGGACGUAUGGUUUCAUUCUCAGUAUUGAAGAUCUUUCACCAAACAUUGGAGUCUUUUGGUACUUCUUUGCAGAAGUCUUCGACUUCUUCAGAAACUUUUUCCUGAUAGUUUUCCACGUAAAUAUUCUGUUUAUGUUACUGCCCUUAGCCAUACGGUUGAAACAUCGGCCAUGCUUCCUAGCUUUCAUAUACUUAGCGAUCUCCUCAAUUCUUAAAUCUUAUCCUUCAGUCGGAGAUUCGGCAUUAUACUUGAGCUUAUGGGCAUUGUUUGUCAAUGAGUUAAUAGAUAUGAAGUUCUCGUUCUUCCUCUUCUGUGGAUAUCUCGGGAUUUCUCUACUCAGCCCUGUGAUGCACAAUCUCUGGAUAUGGCGGGGAACCGGAAAUGCAAAUUUCUACUUUGGAAAUGCUAUAGGCUAUGCGUGCUUUCAGAUCGUUUUCGUGGUUGAGAGCGUAAGCGCAAUGCUAAACCAUGACAGGGCGCUGAAGAGAUCUAACUCGAACCAUCGAGAAAAUGUGGGAUCAUUACAUGGGUUCAUGCAUAAGUAUCUCAAGCACAUGGUCUUGAGUCUCUUUGGCCAUGAAAGUCUCAAGAAGAUGCUUCCUGAAAUUGAACAAAGUGCAUGUAACAAGUUAGACCUCUGGUCAACUCAAAACUCAAUUGAACUGAAAGAUUCAGUGGCAAGCUUGAUAUUUGAUCUCACCGCGAAAAAGUUGAUAAGCCAUGAUACAGAGAAGUCCUCAGAGAAUCUAAGGGAAUACUUUGUUGCGUUCAUCCACGGUUUAAUCUCCUUCCCUAUUGACAUCCCAGGGACAGCUUAUCAUAAGUGCCUAAAGGGUAGGGAAAGUGCGAUGGAAAUGUUGAGAAAUAUGCUUCAAGAGCGUUGUGAGAAGCCAAGGGAGAAUCCGAGUGACUUCUUCGAUUAUGUCAUCAAAGAGCUUAAGAAAGAAGGCACAAUUCUGACAGAAGCAAUUGCACUAGACUUGAUGUUUGCCUUGCUUUUUGCUAGCUUCGAAACAACUUCUCUCUCUUUAACUUUAGCUAUCAAGUUCCUCUCAGACAACCCUUCAGUCCUAAAACGUCUAACGGAAGAGCAUCAGGCAAUCCUGAGAAACCGUGAAGAUGCUGACUCUGGACUUACAUGGAAAGAAUACAAAUCAAUGACUUACACAUUUCAUGUAUAUGAUCAAUUCAUAAACGAAACAGUUAGACUAGCGAAUAUCGCUCCUGCAAUCUUCAGGAAAACCUUGAGAGAUAUCAAGUAUAAAAAUUAUAUUAUUCCAGCCAAUUGGGCGGUAAUGGUAUGUCCUCCAGCUAUACAUUUGAAUCCAAACAUCUAUGAAGAUCCUCUUGUCUUCAAUCCAUCUAGAUGGGAAGGAUCAGAAACUACUAAUGCAUCGAAGAAUUUCAUGGCGUUUGGUGGCGGAAUGCGAUUCUGUAUCGGAGCUGACUUCAGCAAAGUUCAAACUGCAGUAUUCCUUCAUAGCUUAGUCACAAAAUACAGACGGGAAGAAAUUAGUGGAGGAAAUAUACUUCGAACUCCUGGAUUGCAAUUUCCAAAUGGCUAUCAUGUUAAACUCAAGAAGAAAGAGAUCUAGAGAAAGUUAGAAGAAUUUGAAGCAAAGGAAGAACAAUCUACAAGACGUAACAUGCAAAUAUUAAAUGUGUACUAUAAACCAAAUUAAAGGAAUUUAUUUCCAAUUUAAGCUUAUGUUUUUACUUUAAUAAAAUUGUUUACUAUAU